AUGGCAACAACAACUGGCUCCAAACCGUUGCCAAAGUCGACUACUCGCCGUACGGAGUUGAUUUCCGCCGCGCGCCACCGGACGCUUCACCAACGGCCGCAACAUCGUCGAUUUCUUCGGUCCGUCCUUUCCUCACUUCAUAAUAAUAACUCCAUAUACUUUAGUCUUUUAUUUUAUUGUUUCCACCAUCAUCGACACUCUGUCGGGGUUGAAUUAUGGGUCGGGCUCCGCCGGGAUCCUCGACGAAACUGGGGCGCAACUGGGCCAGCGAAUUCCCUUGGACGUGCAGUUGGACAACCAUCUAAUCUCCGUUUCCCGACUCGCCCUUCUCCUCGGCGCCGGCGGCGCCUACACCCGCUUGGGCCAGUGCUUAUACACCCUCGGACUCGGCAACAACGAUUUCCUCAACAAUUACUUCCGCCCCGAGUUUUAUCCCUCCAGCCGCAUUUACACCGUCGAGCAGUUCGCCGUCGUUCUGGCCAACCGAUACAAGGAGCAGCUCCAGAGGUUAUACGUUGCCGGAGCGAGGAAAAUCGGCGUGUUUGCAUUGGGCCAGAUUGGAUGCGUUCCUUUCGCGAUCCGUCGGUACGGUACUAACGGGUCGGCUUCUGGCUGCGCGGAGGCUCUAAACGACGCCGCGGUGCUCUUCAACGUCCAGCUGAAAUCGGCGAUUGAUCAGCUACAAGCGACUCUACCGGGUGCUCAGUUCGUUUACAUAGGGUCCGGGUCAGACAUGUUAAUGACGGUCCGACGGAAAGAUCCGACAACCCUCUCCGGUCUCAAGGCGCUGGAGGGUUGGAUUCCCCUUGCUGCACCGUGGAGGCGGAAAGCGGACAGUGCGUUCCUGACCAACCAUCGUGUCCCGACAGGUCGAGGUAUGUUUUCUGGGACUGGUUCCAUCCGACGGAGGCUCUGAAUUCGUUGACGGCGGCCGCGGCGUUCGAGGCGGUGCGACCAAUAGUCGCUCACUCAUCAUCAGUUGGGGAAAGGAGUAUGAUCCGCUUGGCGGCUGCGGUUCAAGCUUCGUGAACUGAUGCGUAUGGUCAAGAACAUGAGUUAUAAAGAAUAAAAGCUUGUUCUCUAAUCCUAUGAGGGCAAUUUAUUUCUUUUUCUUCCUCAGUUCUUCUCCCGAUAUUUGUGAUCGUUGAAGAUAUCAGAAUGUAUGAAUGCAAUUAAACCAUUGGCAUGAGUCCAAUGGAUUGAUACCUUCAACAUACCAAGGGUUUCCAUUUUGGAGCCAAAUUAUCACUUAUUAAGGAUAUGAGUUGAUAUCUUGU